GACUGUUUUGCCUCCCAAACUGUAGGGGGCAGCCGCUUUGCAUCUAAGUAGUUGGCACGUGAGACACUGAAGAAGACGACGCGCCAGAUUCAAAAAUACAUCGGUUAUAGCUAAAGAAGGACCAUGUCGGAAAAUACUUUCCCAAUUUUUAAAAUUGAUGCUGUCGUGGCGUAUAUCCGGAGUGAUGUUUUGACCGGCCAAGAGGCAAAACACUUUACCAAAAGUGACAUAACUCCGAUACCAAAGCCAGACGUCAUCCGGACACUCUACAUGCGGAUUUUGCAGCUCUUAUAUCGCCUCGGCCCUGAAUGUUAUUACGUGGUGCCGUUGGAUGAAAAUAUGCAGUUCCCCUUGUUACUGGAGAUGGGCACGCCUAUAAUGAGUCUUUAUGUGCGAAUGUGUCAAUUUCUGCCAACAUGUUUUGUGUAUGACUUUCAGAUAAAUGAUCUGCUCAAUCCAAAAGCAAAACGGACUAUUUACAUUUUGAGUGGCAUCUUAAAUUUUCUAAAAUUCAGAAACCUGAGGAUUGAGAUGACAGCGGAGUACCAGCAGACUUUCAGAGCGGACCUAGAUAAACAGCAGGCCUACACCAAGGGAAUAAAAGAUGGUGAGAAGAUGACUGAGAAGCUAACGACAAUCCCCCCGGAGCAGCAGGUCGAGGCCAAGGAACUGGCGGCUGCCCUGUCUGACCUCCAGAACACCACCACCCACGCCUGCCAGGAAGCGAAUACGAUCAACCAACAGGUUGCAGAAUGGAAAGCGGAGAUCGCAGAGAGGUCACAGAAACUGACCCAGAGGAAGGUGGAUGUGACCACGCUGAAGGAGAACAUAGGGAAACUGAAGGCCCAGAUCGUGGAGUCACCGGAGGAGCUUAAGAGCGAAAUGGAGAAAAUGAAAGAGAAAGUGAAGGCGAUCAAAAACUCAAAAGAAAACGUGAAUGCCAGAGUGGUGGAGUGGCAGAUCAAGGUGCAGGCAGAGACCCAGAGCAAGGCUGAGUUCCAGCACUUUAACAAACUGCUGCGGGACCUCGGGGCGGGCAUGGAGAAGAUGAAGAGCCAGCAGGAAGAGAUCCAGGUGCUGGAAGCUCACUGUGAGGCCAUGGAGAAGGAGAUGAAGAACCUAGGUAAUGAAAAGGGCGAGCUGAAGUGGGCCCUCGAGAGGAAGAUGGACAAGCUGACCAAGCAGCAGAUCAGAAGGCAGAGGAAGAGGGAGAUGAAGGACCAGCACGUUCAGAACUUCAUGGGCGAAUGUCUCCAGGUAAAUCAGAAACGAGAGGAAAUCGUGGAUCAGAUACAGGACAUCAGCCGAGAGACGCAGCACAUCAAGGCGACCAUCCAGGGUCUGAGAGAUGUGUGUAACCUGGAUACAGACAAGGCCCAGGCUAUCUACGAUCGUCUGCUGUCUUCCCUGGACCAGUAUCACAAGAGGAUUGAAAGCCACAUUGUCCAGGGGAAUGAGGACAUCAUGAAAAUGAAAGCACAUUACUAAGCAGCUUCUUUAUUUCCGCUUCUUGUAUUUGUCUCCUGUCUUCUGUACUCUUGCUUUAUUAUCCUCAACACUGUUUGGGUUAUCACUCUUACUCUGUUUUAAUGUCUUUCAUGCUUUGGUUGCUGGAAAACUCACAAUGGAAAACAAAUUGAAUACAGUGCACUUGUUUCAAGGCAAGUUACCAUUUGGUCAGAGACUUAUUUCUGCAUUCUGAGGUGAGGCAUUCAUUGUCGGAAGCAUCGUCCACAUUCCUUAGACUAGCAGCCAGUUCUGUGUGUGUAAUGAACCCUCACUGCUUUGCCUUCUGAUAGGGACACAUUAUGGUUUUAUGGGAAUGAUUCUUCACUCUGUUGAAAAAUCUAGAUAAAAUACAUAAAUCACAAGUUAGCUAAGAAACUGUCGCUAACUGCUUAAAUUAGAUGGUUUUGAUUAGAUGCUUCACAAAAUUAGAUAAUUGUGCAAUAGUCAGUAAUACCAUUAUUAUUUAAAUAUUUCAGUACAAUUUUGGUUAGUAAGUUAUAAAUAUAGAAUAGACAGGAAAACUAUGGGCCACUAACACCAAAUAACAUGACUAUUAGUACCGCAAACAUUUUAGCUGGUGUAGUGUAAUACAGGCCAGUUGUAGUAAACCAUGAUUACUCCAUGAUCUGCUUUGAAGUGUGUAAUAACUACAAACAUUUAUUACCCCCCCCCCUCCAUUAAUCUAAUUUUUUUUUUUUACUGACUUGCUUAAACUGUGCUUCUAAUGUAUUUCUACACUGGCCACAUGGUGGCAGCAAAGUAAACGCUUUUGUCAAGUGACAGCAUGUGUCAGUAGGAUCAAGAUAUUUGCCAAUCCCUCUCCCCCACUCAGAAACGGUGAUAAGAAUGAACUAAAAUGAACGAGGUAAAAUAAGUCUAUGAAACAGGAAUGGCAUUUCGUUUUUCAGCUGGACUUUGGUUCAGUGUCCUAGGUAGUGUCUAGUGUGCAAACAGAUUUUUUUUACUUCCUUUCCCUGUCUGGUUUCUGUAAGUCCCCAGGGCAAACCACUGCAGUGUUGGCACUUGUUUGUAUAAACAUCCUUGUGUUCUCAGGGGCUUGUGACUGGGGAAUUUUUUGAGCUGAAACUUGAGGUUAAAUAUUUAAAUAAUAAACAUUUCCAAGCAUGUAUCAACUAUUCCUGGACAGAAAACAGAAUUAGUCGUCUAAAUGGACUUUGUCCACAAUUGAGUAAUAAAACCAAGAUGUCAUUUUG